AUGGAUGCAAGACAUAGUUUUUCAGCAACUAAACCAACAGCUGAUGAACAGAAACCGCAUACUGCCAAGAAUCAUAAUGAGACUAAUGUACAAAGUCAUCGAAAUCCAUCGACACCGACGAUGACCACGCGUUAUUUUCACCGUACUCCUCUGAUAUUUCCUCAACACCAUCAACAACGUCUUCGUACACCAUCUCCAAGAUUUUCUUCGUCGUACUUGGGCCCGUUAAAUCAACAUCGUUCCCGAUUCUUAUCUGCUUGGGAUCUUACUCCAAGACCGAGUGCGCACGCCUCAACACGUAAUACAUCAGUCAUGACUCCAACGCCAACAUUAUUAUCUGAACAAUAUGAUCGUGAAAUGCCUUCUCCCCGAGCACCGAUGCAGAAUUCCGCUGCUCAUUCGUACGAUGAAAAUUCAUAUUCUCUCCAAUCAAUGAUUCCUAAUACAUCACGCAAUUCUUUAACACCUAAUUCCACACCUAUUCUAGCUCCGAAAGCCAAUGAAAUGAAUUCGCGUUCUCCACGAGUAAAUAUGCCUCCUAAUUCAUCACGAAAUACAUCUGGAAUACCUUCAACGCCAAAAUCAAUACCAAAACAACAACCUGAUGAAACAUCACGUUCGACCCGACCGUCGAUGCAUAAAUCAACUCGCAAUACAAUUACAUCUCUUCCAGCACCUCCAUCACCAUCAAAGCAACAAGAUGAAAGUUCACGCGCGUCAAGACCAUCUAUACACAAUUCACUACGCCACUCUCAACCAACUACUCCAAUACCUACAGUAGUGCCGCAACAAUACAUUGAGGGUUCGUGUAUCUUGAACAGUUGCGCUUUUCUUUAA